GUUUGCUGCUGUGGUGGUUCGCCCCUUUCUCCCCCUCCCCGCACCCGGAGGGAGUACAGGCUUAAAAAAGGUGCUUGCUGGUUGGGGAGGCUCUCGGCAGGGUUGGUACCAGUCAGAGAUGCAGAGUCGGUCCCCCGGGCAGGGAGGUGGAGGAGGAAGGAUUGGCUUCCCUUUAUAAAGGCUUGCAAAGUGAUAUCCCCUUUUCUUGCCUUGUGUCUCUGGGGUUGGCACUGGUUUUCUGGCUGAUCCUGGCCUGUUGUCCAUUGUUCUCCCAGGUACCACGAGGAUCUUCCAUAGCUUUUUGUUCAAUGCUCUUUAGCAAGUCUGGCAAGCACAUUGGGCCAAGCUUCUUUUAUUACAUUUUGUCUUAUACAGUGUGUGAUAUGGGAAGGACCUGGACUUGACUGAGGCUCUGAGAGCUACCUCUAAUAGCAGUGUUAGUAAUGCUGAUAGCAUAUUAUUGAACCAGGCAUCCUUUGGAAGACUGGUUAUUCCUCUCCUACCCUUGUCUGAAUAUCUGAUUUUCUGUAUAUCUGUGUUAGCAAGGUCAUAGGGUGUUUGUGUCAUGAACCGUGCAUUUCAGUCCAGGUACAUCAUUAAUCUUGUGUUGGCAGCAUAACGGGCUGUCAGGAAGGUUUGGAUGGACUGGCCUCUUGACUCUUGGCGGAUAUUUAUUGUCUGCCUGGGAGACACAGAAGACUUGAGCAGAUAGUGGGGUGUACUGUGCUCAUGGCUGCCUUGUGACUGUCUGCUAAAAGCUCUGCUCUGGCUCUACAGGUAUAGCCAGAGUGAGUGGCAGCUGAUCUUUCGCAUCAAAAAAAUUGUCAGUCAGAAGGCUGGCCUCCUGCCCAGGCUGUGGUGGCUGGUGUUUCUCUGCCAGCCUUUAUCAAAGGUCCUUUGCUAAUAAGACUAAUGCCUUGAGGAGGCACUGUGAUACUGAGGAAGGGGAGCUAUGAUCUUACCUAUUUCAUAUACCAAGACAGAAGCUGAGAGCAAAGCUCUAAUUCCCUUUCUGUAACACUGGGAAAUUACUUAAUCUCUGAGCCUCUGUUACUCUACCUAUAUAGAAAGAAAUAACGCUUCCCUCCCAAGUCAAUGAGCUUGGCAGAUUGAGAGCAGUUAUCAGACUCUAGUGUUGGCCCAUGUUUGUGCUGACUAGGAAGAGGGAACUAGAAGCAGGGAAAAGUGGUGGUUGUGUAUGGUGUGUGGUUUUUUUUCCUCCCUUAAGUUCUGACUGCAGCAGGUGAAAAUGCACAUUAGGUGUUUUCCAGUCUUUUCUCUAAUGCCUGUGCUCCUUGAAGAUCUGAAUCUUAAUUCAGAAGACCUCUCAGCUUCACGUUCCUCACGGAAGUAGGACGUGGGUCUUCCCCUGAGGAGAAAGUCUGCUGUGUGUUCACCAUCACCUAGGAGCAUGGAGAAGUUAAUAUCUGAAAAGCCCGUUUCUGCUCCCAAGGAUGAAGCGCUUUCAUUUCCUUCCCAGGCCAAGCCAGAUACAAACUCGUGCCCUCACGCACCUGGCAAGUAUUUCCUCCCUGGUGGGAUGGACAAUGAGCACUGUAAGGCUACUGAGCAGGAAAGGAAGUGGAUUCGCCCCGAUACACCUAGCAAAUGCACCUGGAAGCUUGGGAAACCCCUAUCUGCCUCCCCGCAUCAUCAUGCUGCUUUGUCAGAGCCUCCAAACAUCCUGCCAAACAUCCUGACUAAAGUUGGCAAUACACCCUUGGUGCGAAUCAACAAGAUUGGGAAGUACUUCGGGCUGAAGUGUGAACUCUUGGCAAAAUGCGAGUACUUCAAUGCUGGGGGCAGUGUGAAGGACCGCAUCAGCCUGAGGAUGGUAGAGGAUGCUGAGAAAGCUGGGAUCUUGAAGCCUGGAGACACAAUCAUAGAGCCAACCUCUGGAAACACAGGAAUUGGGCUGGCCUUGGCUGCAGCAGUGAAGGGUUACCGCUGUAUCAUUGUGAUGCCAGAGAAAAUGAGUAUGGAGAAGGUGGAUGUCCUGAGAGCUCUGGGUGCUGAGAUUGUGAGGACCCCAACUACUGCCAGAUAUGACUCUCCUGAAUCUCAUGUGGGAGUAGCAUGGAGGCUGAAAAAUGAAAUCCCCAAUGCGCAUAUCCUAGACCAGUAUCGUAAUGCCAGCAACCCCCUGACGCACUAUGACACCACGGCUGAAGAGCUCCUGCAGCAGUGUGAAGGAAAGAUAGACAUGUUCGUGGCUACAGCUGGCACUGGAGGGACCAUCACUGGCAUUUCCAGAAAGCUAAAGGAGAAGUGCCCAGGAUGCAAAAUCAUAGGUGUUGAUCCUGAAGGCUCCAUCCUUGCUGAACCAGAAGAACUGAACAAGACUGACAAGACAAUGUAUGAAGUGGAAGGAAUUGGGUAUGAUUUCGUCCCCACAGUGCUGGAUAGAUCUAUGGUGGACCGGUGGUACAAGAGCAACGAUGAGGAGUCAUUUACUCUUGCACGCAUGUUAAUCCGAGAGGAAGGACUGUUGUGUGGUGGCAGCUCAGGCAGUGCCAUGUCUGUAGCUGUGAAGGCAGCCAAAGAACUGAAGGAAGGUCAGCGCUGUGUUGUUAUGUUCCCUGACUCUAUCAGGAACUACAUGUCCAAGUUCUUGAGUGACAAAUGGAUGAUUCAAAAAGGGUUCCUGAAAGAAGAAGACCUCGUCAAAAAACCUUGGUGGUGGAACAUCAGUGUUCAGGAAUUAAGCCUCUCUGCUCCCCUGACUGUGCUUCCAACUGUUACCUGUGCAAAGACAGUUGAAAUCCUCCGAGAGAAGGGAUUCGACCAGGUACCAGUUGUUGAUGAAUCUGGGGUGAUUUUGGGCAUGGUUACUCUGGGUAACAUGCUUUCUUCCCUGCUUGCUGGAAAAGUUCAGCCUUCAGAUGAAGUCAGCAAAGUAAUCUACAAGCAAUUCAAACAGACAAAUAAUCAAGCCUCAGGUGAAAAUAUGAUUAACCUGAAAGACAACUUGGGGAAACUUUCUCAUAUCCUGGAAACAGAUCACUUUGCUCUAGUGGUCCAUGAACAGAUUCAAUAUCACACUGAUGGUUCCUCCAGUAAGCGGCAAAUGGUGUUUGGCAUUGUUACAGCUAUCGACCUACUUAACUUUGUGACUGCACGAGAACGGGAAAGAAAAUACAACUAAAGUCAAGUAGCAACCUGGAGCCUCUUCAACAGCAUUUUGCGAUCUCUAACAAAGAAUCAUUUUUUUUCUUAGGUAGAAUAGUCUGCUGCUAGGGUGGGGGGGGGAGGGUUUGUUUUGUUUUAAUUCUGAAAAUAAGCUUUUCUCUCCUGGUGUCAGCUAUAUAGCCAGCACAUUUUACAUCAUUGCACAGCUUUUGGGAGUUCGUUUCUUAAUCAGGUUCCACAAUGUUUCUUGUUAAGACAAACUUAUUUUUUUACCUUUAUAUAUAUAUAAAUACACACACACACACACACACACACACACACACACACACGUAUGUAUGUAAGAAUAUUACUUAAAUUAACUGAUGUGUUCCUUAUCUGUUAUGUCUAAAGUUGGGCUUUCCAAAACAUUAUUUCAGAUUCAUUACAGGUAGUGAAGCAGAGAGUUACUGAAGCAGAGGCCCAAGAGAGCUCUGAAAAGUUUUAUCUGUGCAAGAGUAUUAGGUUAGACAAUACCUGUGUGAAGACAAAAACAGUAUCAGGGCUUAGGGUUGGGGAAGAAGGGAGUAUAUCCUUUUUUUUUCCAUGCCAUCAAUGCAAAAUAAAGUAGGAGAAAAUCCUGAGGGCUGGAAUUGAGGUUUGUUUCAAUCAGCUGCUCUUCUUAACUGGAAGCCUGAAGGGAUAAAUGUAAAAUAGUGAUGUAAUUUUAAACAGAACGCUAGCUUUCAUUGCAAAGACAGUCCUUUUUUUUUUUUUUUCAAUUGUACCUUGAUAAGUAAGCACAAGUGAAAAAAAUUAAAUCAGAUCAAGCUCCUUGCUUGAAGGUUAGUGUUUACUUGAUCAUGCUGUGUUACAUGUAGGACCUUCCACUUCUUCCCUGCUUUUAACUUAAAGGUUCUCUUGCUUAAUGCCUGCUUUACAAAAGUCAAAGCUAAUCCAGCAAGAGCUGUAAAGUCUUUUUAAAGUCCUGUUCAGGUGUUCCUGAACUGUAGCUUCUUAUUCCAAAAAAAAAAAUCUAUUCAUUUGAGUUCACUAUGGCCAAGCUUGGAAGUAACUGGCCAGCGUGGUGUGGACUUCGUCUAUCAUAAGCACAAGAAUACUGUGCAAUAGGUGUGUGUAACAACAAAUUUUUACUACUUCCAGAAGUAUCUGGAUUUUCAGUUAUAUUUGACAUACAUAAUCAUGGCAGAGUUUGUUGGCACUAGCAACCCAAUCCACACACUACUGUGCUGAGGCUACUGGCUCCUGUUAGUUGGUGGUAAUGAUGGAAGGAAUCACCAUAUGGUCGAAGGAGAAAAGUAGCCAUACUUCAUCUUAAUGCUAUAAUCCUCUUCUGAUUGGCUUUUUUUCCAGAGACAAAGCUUUUGGUCAGCAGAACUGACAUUCCUCUUAGCUUGUCUCUCUUUCCACUGAAGUUUAAAAGAAAAAAAAAAAAUUAUUUAGGUUGGGAGUAUUGUUGAUAGGAUAGUAAGGUUUAAAAAAAAAAGCUGGGGGGGCUCAAAAAGGUAGAAGCUGUGAGUCAGCUAAGAGAAGACCAAAAAUGUUUAUUUAAAAAUCACAGUUACCACCCUGUACCCCUCUGUAUUAGUUUCUUUCUCCCUUACUGGUGUGCUUGUGGCCGUGGAAUUUGCUUUACAUUUUGCAAGUGUGCUCAGAGGAAGGAGACCGUGGAAGCCACCCUGUCCCACGUCAGUGCUGAGCACAGAACGUCAAGUGCGGGCUUUGUGUAGUGGUGGGCUGGAGGAGAGAGGAAAACAGAAGGGAGGCAAGAGCUCAGAAGCACAGAUAUAGCACCCAUGGUACUGUUUGCCUGCCAGCAGUGUAACAGGCUGGUCUGUGUUUUCUAGCUGCUGCUUUGUCAUCUUAAAUUUGUGAACGCUAAGAACUUUGAAAUGUUUGAAAAGCCUCAGGCUGAUUUCUGUUAACUCUUUAAUGCUAUGCUGAUGGCUGGAAAGCUUAUUCCACCCCUUAGUGAGUUUAUUCCCUUAGACAUUGGCUAUCCCUUCAGAUUAGGGCUUUCUGUUGCUGAAGUAAUGUGACCCAUGGCCUAUCUGGCUUUCUCAGGUAAUGUGAGUAAUGGAAACUGUAGACUAAAUAGAAAGGUUGGGAAUAGGAGACUGCUAAGCUGCAGCUGGACUGGAUGAGAAAGGAGCGGCAGAGUCACCAAGGGCACUUUAUCUCUCUGACUUAGAUGGAAGCACAUGGCCCUUAUGAUUUUAAUUCCAAACCUGCCAGUUAAUACUUUAUCCCUCAUAGCUAAACAUUCCAGGCAACUGCUGAAACUGAGGAAGAAUAGAUAACAGAUUAGAUGCAUCUGUCUGAGGUUUUUUUAGUACCUAGAUUAAUUUCCUCAAAUUAUCUAUGUAAAAGCUAGACAUCGAAGCUAACCUUGUCGCUUUGACCCAGUGGAGAGAGAAAGUGUCCUCCAAGAAUGAUUCAUCUUUAACGCUUCUUGUAGAGUGGGGUGAAUUACACCAGGAGAUACUUGCCUUAAACUAUAGUUUAAUCCUGAAAAUCAUACGUUUCUUUAAGAUCAAAGACAACUUUCCUCAAGGCUUUGGAAUAAACUACUGUGAAGUAUAAAAAUGUGCGACUUAUUAUUCGUUCUGAAGGAUGGUUGAUUUUUUUUUUUUUUUUUUUUCAGCCUGAGGCUUUGUGGUGAUUCAUUCCUCAUAGUUCCCCUCACUGCAGUAGCAACCCCAAUUUGGAUGCCCUGACUGACUAGUGGAAAGCUAAACUAAUAUAGCAGAUGUGUGUAUGUGUUAGGGACACUGCUUUUGAAUCUGAAUCAGCUUUUCCAAGCUGGACAGCUUUGUCUUACAUCUGUCGCAGAGCCUAGUAAAUCAUCUUACAAACUGUAUUUUUGAGCUACUUCCCCAAGGAGUUGUAAAUAAUUUCAGACAAUUGAGAACACGAUCCUUGCUCUUACAGUUUUUAACAUGCUUUUUGCUUUUGUGGACAGGUCUGUGAAUAGUCAGUUACAUUCCUAAAGACCUUAGUAUUUCAGCCAAGCUUGUAAACUCCUUUCCCAGUGAUUUCAAAUACUGUUUUCAGCCAUAUUUUCAUAUCUAUUCUAACUUACAGGGAAGGCUGAGGAGGACUGAUUUCUUUGAUUACUUGCAUUUUCACUGCAUUCUUUGAUUCCCACACUUGCAAGAGAACCUGUGUGCUUCACUAGAUGCCAGUAACUGAAAUGUUUGCUGCCCUUGUAGCUGUCACUGCUGCUAAAUUUUGGUAUAAUUGGUGCUCUUGGAAAAUUUACUUCACUUGCCUUUAUCUGAUUUUUUCCCCCGUUUUCCAUCUGACCUUUCCUUUGGGGGAAGGUGCUUAAGUAUUUGGGAUUUUUUUUUCCUUUGCCUUUAUGCUUGUAAAAGCUCCAUGUCACAGGAUAACUGAAUCCUGGAAGAAAUAGGAGGAGGAUAGAAGGAGAUUCCCAAAGUUGCCAUUCAGAAUAGAAGUACAUAAAAGAAAUAAAGUCACUGUGUUAAGAGUUGGGGCAGCAGAAUAGUAAUGGAUAGCUUUAACUGCAAUGCAGAGAAAAGUAUAAAGAUCUUAGUUUGCUGUAUUUGUAAAUUAAUCUCUUCCAUGUCAUGGGAGAAACAGGUGGUACUGCUUAUUAAAAAAAAAAAAGAAGGGUUGGUUAGAGCUGGUAAGGAAGAAGGAAUAUGAGAAUAAAGCAAUCCAAGUAAGCCUUAAAUUACUGCAAGACAAUAAACCCUGUGUAUCUCCUGUGCAUGUGAAGUUUAAGGACGGGAGCUGUUUUCCUGUUCUAAACUGGCACAAAGAGGAAAUGGUGGUCACCAGCCACUUCUGUUCAAAGUAGCAACCCUAUUUGAUGAGAGUAAUUGGGGAAAUUGAAUUGAUGAAUGACUGAAAAAUUUUCCAGAACUCUUUCGCUUAAUGGUGACAAGGGGAAGGGGACACAGAGCACUGCAAAGCUGAAGGUCCUCUGGUGGAAAAGCUGAUGAGCAGGAUGCUUUUCCACAUGCGUGUGAAUGUUCUUACUAGCCUGGUCCUAGUUAGUAGUGGUAGGGCUGUAUUCGUGUUUACCUUAUCUCUCUGUUUCAAAUACUGUGAGGACCAAGAAAGACUUUGUAGUUUGUUUAUUUGGUCUUUAAUCCAAAGCUUAAGUCCAAAGCUUGAAUGGAAAUACACUUUUUUUCUGAAUUUAGUGCCUGCAUCUUGUGUCUUACCUGUGCCGAUUAAGCAAAUGCUGACCAUAGGCCUGAAAACUAUUUUGCACAUGGAUAUGUAUGUCAACAUUUUAUGCUCUAUUUGUAUGUCAACAUAAAAGAAUAUCAGUCCUUUUGGUUUACUCUUGGCUCUGCAAAAAUACUUUCAUUUUCUCACAUGAAGACAAUUAGUAAAAUUUAUGUAAUAUUUUGCAAGGAAUUAUCAGGAAAUGAGGAGCAUUUUGAAGUUGUAGUGACCAAGAUUAUUUCCCACUCCUUCCACAAGCUGUGGUGGACUCCAGAACUCCAUAUAGCUGCGUUUCCUCUAAGCAGCUGGACCAGUCUCAUUUGCAGACCAAGCUCAUUGCUAAAUGUUUUUUGAAAACCUCUGCUUGCUGUUGUGAGCUUCACACAGCGUGCUUACUGUUAGGAAUUGCCUAGCAUUGGCAGUGGCAUCCAACAGCCUUUCUGACUGUGUAGUAUCAACAUACUACAAUGACAAAGGGAAGUCUUUUUAUGCUUUGAAGAGGUGGGAGAAACCAAUACUCUGUGCUCUAUUCAUUGCACAAAUGUUCACAAUAUUAAGAGCUCAAUAAAACCUGCUUAAUUGGAGAAUGA